AGGGCGAUCCUGGACAUGAAGAUCCAGCGCGACCGGCUGCACCAGUACCAGCGCCGCAUCACGAUCCUCACGGACAAGGAGACGGACAUUGCCAAGCAGAUGCUGGCCAAGGGCGACAAGCGGCGGGCGCUGCUGGCGCUGCGCCGCAAGAAGUACCAGGAGACGCUGCUGAGCAAGACGGACGCGCAGCUGGAGCAGCUGGAGAAGCUGACGGCGAGCGUCGAGUUUGCGCAGAUCCAAAAGGACGUCGUCUUUGGCCUGCAGCAGGGCACCAAGGUGCUGUCGGAGAUUCACGCCGAGAUGGGCGGCAUCGAGCACGUGGAGAAGUUGAUGGGGGAGACGGCGGAGGCGAUUGCGUAUCAAGAAGAAAUCAGCGAAAUGCUGGGUACGCGCAUCACGGCGCAGGACGAGGAAGAGGUCGAGGACGAGCUCGCCGCGCUCGAGGCCGAGAUGUCGGGCGUGGACCAGCAACUGCCCACGGUUCCGAAUGCGCAGCUGCCGGCUUCGGCACGGCCAGCAGAAGCCGAGGCAGCACAAGAGAGCCGGCCGGAGAGACAGGCGAUGCUGGCCGCCUGA